CCUCCCACAGACAACCCACCAAACACCUUUUCUCCUCCCCCCCUGCCCCCACUCAGGUUGUUAUCCUCUCUCCCUCUCUCUCUGCAUCUCUUGUGGCAUCCGGCUGCUGCUUCCUCCACAAACCUCUCUCAAUUCCACCAUAGACGACGACAGCGCCAAAGAUCUUGCCUUUGUGACGGCGGGUAGGCGCUUCGAGAUCGGAGAAAUGUCAGGCCAGUUUGCAUCCGAGCAUGUUUGCUAUGUCAACUGCAACUAUUGCAACACCAUCCUGGUGGUGAAUGUGCCAAACAAUUGCUCCUACAACAUCGUGACCGUUAAAUGUGGGCAUUGCACAAUGGUGCUCUCAAUGGAUCUCAGUCCUUUCCACCAGGCACGCACUGUUCCAGAAAGCCAGGUUGUGCCGAACAGAGGAUUUCAAUAUAACAAUUUUGGGAGCUAUGAGGCAGCCUCAAGAAAUCUACGAACACAAUCAAUGUACCCAAUGUCAAACAAUCAGCCACAAGUGCCACCAGUUCGACCCCCAGAGAAGAGACAGCGUGUUCCGUCAGCAUACAACAGAUUUAUCAAGGAAGAAAUACAAAGGAUAAAGACGAGCAAUCCAGAGAUUAGCCACAGGGAGGCAUUCAGUGCAGCAGCAAAGAAUUGGGCUCAUCUUCCUCGGCUCCAUUUCGGCCUGAGUGUCGCCGAUGGCGGUGGCGGCAGCAGUUAGAGCUCGAUGGCGGUGUGCUUUCUACAAAGUGAAGAGGAUCCAUAUCGAGCGUGCUGCAAGCGAGGGUUAUCGAUCGAAGAACUCUUCAUCAUCAGCUUAAUUAUAUAAAAUUAGAGCUGCGUGCUAUAUGUGUAUCCGAUCUACCGAGGUUUCUGUAAGUUUAAGUGAGUGUACGUCACUACUAGAAAUAUGAGUAUUCAUCCUCAACCUUAAUACCGGUUGCUUUUUCACCCGGUACUAAUGCUAACAUUAGUACCGGGUCCAAAAUUGGAAGUUCUCGGAGGUCUUUUAGUACCGGGUCGUAACACCACCCGGUACCCGGAGACCACCAAUGGGGACCCCUAAUUUUGAACCCGGUACUAAUGCUAAUAUUAGUACCGGAUCAAAAAGCAACCGGUACUAAGGUCGAGGACAAAUGCUCAUAUUUCUAGUAGUGCUAAUUGUGUGCGCGUGCAUCUCCUGCAUGCAUGUCAUUGGAGAUGAUGGUGUAUAUUGCUAAAUAAAUGAAAAGAUUUGUGCACCAAGGGGCUGUUAGUGAA